UCUAGCCGGAUUCGUUUCCGCUGCCCCACAACAGGAACUCCAAGAAGGGCUUGUUCUAAGUCCUGAUAGGGUCGGGGCUGAGAAAGGUCACCCAUGCAGUUACUCCGUUCAGAUCCCGAGCGACCACCUCUUUCUCCCAAUCUUGUUGGGACAAGAGGUAAAAGAUGUUAAACGGAGAAUGGGGUUGAGGAAAGAGAAAAAUGCAGCUGAGAGACUUCCCAAGAGAAAGGUGAGAAGCAUGUCGUAGCUGUAUAAAUGGCCCAUCUUCCUAUAAACAUCGAUUUCUCUGGACCAUUAUAGGAAGGAAUGAAAAUCUGUAACAAAACAUUUUAAUAUUUUUUACGUUGGAAAGGACAUUAGGACUUAAAAGCAAAUUCUCCAAAAAAUUUAAGCUCAAACAUGAAAUUGCUAAGGAAUUCGUGCUUACAGGGGAAGAAUGUGGGCUCUUCUCCCAACCAGGGCUGAAACCUUCGCUCUAAGUGGGAGCCCGCUGCCUGGCACCCAGUGAAGGCAGCUAUUGUGAUCUCCAGGGUCCGGGGAAGGGUGGCUCAGGGGCCAAGAGUGUGGCUCAGCCAGAGGCCAUGGGAAGGUCAGGGCCCAAGGCUGCGGCCCAGAGGCCGUGGGAAGGGGCAGUCCUUCUCCCCUCGCCGGGGACAGGAGUCUGGGCGGGCGGAGGGCGGAGUCACUGGCUCCGCCCUCCCUCGCUCCUGCUGGGUCCCAGCCCUUGCUCCGCGUGGUUCUCAGGUCCCCCUGGUGGUCCCCAGGCAGCUCCAGUGAGGGGGGCACAACAGGGGGAACUGCGAGCCCCAAGGGGUCUGUCUGCGGCUUCUCCCGGAAAAAGACCGAGGCACGCACUCUGCGAGCAAAAGCGGACUCCCACCGGCUUCCGACGACAAGCCGGGGACCUGAGGAUCGCGGAGUCCACGACCCGUGAGCGACCCCAGGGGAAGGACAGGAGGGACGCCGACCGGACCGCCAUGGCCGCGCCUGUCCGCCGUCUGUGCCAUGUCGCCUUCCACGUGCCCGCGGGGCAGCCCCUCGCCCGGGAUCUGCAGCGCUUCUUCGGUUUCCGGCCCCUGGCGGUGAGGGAAGCCGAUGGCUGGCGGCAGCUGGCCCUGCGCAGCGGCGACGCGGUCUUUUUGGUGAACGAGGGCGCCGGGCCUGGGGAGCCGCUGUACAGCCUGGACCCGCAUCACGCGGUGCCCGGUGCGACCAACCUGUGCUUCGACGUGGCUGACGUGGGCGCUGCAGCUCGGGCGCUAGCCGCGCUGGGCUGCAACGUGCAGGUGCCUCCGGUGACCGUGCAGGAUGCACAGGGCGCCGCCACCUACGCCGUGGUCGGCUCGCCCGCCGGCAACCUCAGCCUGACGCUGCUGGAGCGCCCCGGCUUCUGCGGGCCCUUUCUCCCCGGCUUUCGGCCCGUGUCCUCUGUACCCGGCCCGGGCUGGGUCACCCACGUGGACCACCUGACCUUGGCCUGCCCUCGCAGCAGCUCCCCCAAAAUAAUGCGCUGGUUCCACGACUGUCUAGGAUUUCACCACCUGCCGCUGAGCCCAGGUGAGGAUCCAGAGCUGGGCCUGGAGGUGGCAGCAGGGUCUGGGCGCGGUGGUCUGAGGCUCACCGCCCUGCAGGCUCCGACUGGCAGUGCCGUCCCAACCCUAGUGCUGGCAGAGUCCCUGCCUGGGUCUCUCCGUGGUCGGGACCAAGUGGAGCAGUUCCUAGCCCAGAAUGGGGGACCUGGACUGCAGCACGUGGGGCUGUACACGCCCAACAUCAUGGAAGCCACUGAGCGGGUAGCAGGGGCCGGGGGUCAGCUCCUGACGCCUCCUGAGGCCUACUACCAGCAGCCGGGCAAGGAGAAGCAGAUCCUGGCUGCAGGGCACGAGCCUCGCCUGCUGGCCCGACACGGGGUCCUGCUGGAUGGAGAUGAAGGCAAGUUUCUGCUUCAGGUCUUCACCAAGUCCCUUUUUGCAGAGGACACUUUCUUCCUGGAGCUGAUUCAGAGGCAAGGGGCCACAGGCUUUGGCCAGGGCAACAUCCGGGCCCUGUGGCAGUCUGUGCAGGAGCACGCUGCCAGGGUCUGCGAAGCCUGAGAAGGGCAGAAGCUGGGUGCAGCCGCUUGUCCUGGACCCUGGGAAGGCCAGCGCAGGGCCUGCAGCUGAGAAGACCUGGAGUGAGAUGUUUUGUCUUUAGGGCCAGGUGCAGCCUCCAUCUCACGGGUACCUGCCAGUAGCUGGAUCUCUCAGUGAGGUCCAAAGAGGUGGGAUUUUUUUUUUUAACUAUGAAAUGUUUCUCACAUUGUAUCUAAUAUAUGCAAAAUGUCAGGAAUAAGGGAAUUACACAAUUAGGAAAUAGAACAUAACCAAUACUUAUGAAACCUUCUCUGUAUUGUGUGCUCCUCUGAUCCCAUUUCGACCACGGCCCUGAUGUUGUAAUUAAAAAUGCUUGGUUUUUCUGUGUUG